AUGGACUUCAAGAAGCACUGUGAUAUUGUGGAAGGGGUUGUUGGGGGGAAGUUGGAGGUUGUAUGUGCUGUGGGAGGAAAGGAGGAACUAAAACUGAUUCAUGAAGCAGUUUUCACAAACCUAAAUAAUCAAGCACAGAAAAAUUUCACAGAUGAAGGAGACCAACUAUUUAAUAUGGGUGCCAAGAUUCUCCAGCAGUCUAAAACCCAAAAGCAAAAAGCACAAGCCUACAUUUUCUUUGCCAAAGCAGCUGACAUGGGAAACUUGAAAGCUAUGGAGAAAAUGGCUGAUGCUUUGCUAUUUGGAAAUUUUGGCAUGCAAAACAUAACAGCAGCUAUCCAAUUAUAUGAGUUCUUGGCUAAAGAAGGAUCAUAUCAAGCCCAAAACGCAUUAGGAUUUUUGUCUUCUUAUGGAAUAGGGAUGGAAUAUAAUCAAGCAAAGGCACUGAUAUAUUAUACCUUUGGAAGUGCAGGGGGAAGCAUGAUAUCCCAGAUGAUUUUGGGGUACAGAUAUUUGUCAGGAAUCAAUGUUCUACAGAAUUGUGAAGUUGCCCUAAAUCAUUACAAGACAGUGGCAGAUUAUAUUGCUGACAAAUUAGAAAAAAGUGAAGGUAUUCCAGUGGAAAAAGUAAGACUAACUGAAAGACCUGAAAAUCUGAGCUCUAACAAUGAAAUUUUGGAUUGGGACAUAUACCAGUACUAUAAAUUUUUGGCAGAAAGAGGAGAUGUUCAGAUACAAGUAUCUCUUGGACAAUUACAUCUAAUUGGGAGGAAAGGCCUUGAUCAAGAUUACUACGUGAGUCAAUCCAGAUUUGCUCAUGUGGGGUGGGGAGAAAAAUGGUGAA